CAACAUUUGUUUUGUUUUAUAUCACGAUGCGGCAUAAUUAAGUGUUACAUAACCUCAACAUUUUCCAGUGGUUAUAAAAAUGCUCAUUAAUCGAGUUUGGGGGUUCUUUGGACGGCAUAAUUGCCGUUUUAUUCCUAAAAUGAAUAAUUUUAGAUUAGUUUCAAGCAGUUCAAACACAGCCCCCACAAAAGACAAGAUUGAGGAUCUUGACGCGCCUGUAAAAUAUACAACAAGUCCGGCUAGACACUGGAAAGCUCGUACGACUCGUGUUGGUUACGAAAAUACCAGACUUUGGUAUGAGCCCUAUGUGAUUAUAGCUAGCAUUUCCGUUUUUAUGCUUUAUUUUACAAUUUUUCGUGAAGAAAAUGAUAUUGAUGAGGAAUUAUCCCGGUCAUUGUACAGCAGAAUCGAGGGUUUGGAAGAACAGCAGUUACGAUUGUCACUAGAAUAUAACAGAGAACAUAAUCUUGAUACUUCUGCCAUUAUACAAAGAUUACAAGAAUUGGAAUUAGAAAAACAACCAAAAUAAUGUAUUUUAUAACCAAACAAUAGACAAUUAAACAAA